CUUCAGGCGGGCUAUAUAGGCCAGCCAGGAUGCGGCACGCUCCUGGAGGCAGCCCUGCUCCUGCACCAUGCUGCAGGCCACGGUCAAGCUGUGUUGCGGCAUUGCCCAUGACCAUCUCCGCCACCUGCCUGGCUUGAAGAUAACAGCCAUUGAAGCAAUACAGAAAGACGUGAGAGGGCUGAUGGCAAGAGGAUCCUGCUGCCUGCCUUCCAAAAUUCCUCAUUAUAUUAAGAGGCUGAUGGGGAAGGAGUCAGCUGCAAGCUCCAAGUCUGCCGGAGACAUCAGCCCCAACCAGUAUUCCAGCGUGGACCUCUCCUACAUCAUCCAGGGAGAAAGAGCCCUGCAGCGAGCGCUGAGCAUCCUGCAGCAGCACACCAGCUGGCAGACAGAAACGAUGCUGGAUGUCGGGGCUGUUGUGUCCAGCACCACCCUCCCUGGACUGGGCAAGAUGUUUCGGACGGAGGUGGUCCUGGCUGUGCCGGUGGCACAGUUGCAUCAAGAGCUGUUUGAGAGGAUAGAGCAAAUGCCUCAGUGGAACCCAACCCUCAGCCACGUGAAGGUGCUGCAGCACGUUGGGACGGACACACUGGUGACACAUGAAGUCACUGCUCCCAGCCCGGGCAACCUGGUGGGCCAGCGAGACUUUGUCAGUGUGCGGCAUUGCCGGAGAAGGGAAACGGCCAUCUACUUGGUGGGCACCUCCACGCACAUCGAGCCACUGCCCUUGCAGGAAGGGUGCAUCAGGGGUGAGUCCCGGCUGAGCUGCAUCGUCCUGCAGCCACUGGCGGGAGACCCCGGCCGUACGCACUUCACCUGGCUCCUCAGCAUGGACUUGAAGGGCUGGAUCCCCGCAUCUGUCACCAACCACGUCCUGCCGCAGUCCCAAGCAGACUUCAUCAAGCACCUCUGCCAGCACCUCUCUGCCACCGCAUGUCCCUGAGCUUCAGGACAGGCUCUGCCCAAGCCCAUGGAGUGUGGUAUACGCCGGAGACCAUGUCCUGCCUCUGCUCAUUGACACUGUGCUUGGGGUGAAGCCCCAUGCUCACUGAGCAACCCCAAGCACAGAAGACAUCCCUUGCCGAGCACCACGUUCCUGUGCUGGGGACAGAACAGAGCUUCUGCAGGCUGGGGUGACCAGAGCCUUGCAUUAGGGCUUGCCUAAAAACCCUUGCCCAAGAGCAGCAACGGUAGCCAGCUUGGCAUUGCUGCUUCCCGCUGUGCACAGGGGAAGGGAGUGGCUGCCAAAAGCCACUCCGACGUCAGCAUCGCUGCCCACAGUGCCCUUUGUUCUGCAGCUUCAGCCCUGCCCUGGGUUGAACACUGAUUAUUACCUGAUCACAGCAUCAGCGGAGGCGCAGAGGCUCUUUUUGGCCUGAACCAGUGACACAUCUUUAUUUAUUUUGGACUGGCUAAGCUCUACGUUGUGUAUGUGUAUAGACGUAUAUAGAUAGAGAUUUUUCUCCUGGUACGCCAACAGUAGGAGGCACAGCCAGAGCAGGCGUACAGAAUCGUUUUGGUUGGAAAAGACUUUUUAAG